AUGGAUAACCGCGGUUCCUUUUUCUUCUUUUUGUUGGUGUUCUACCUUCUCCUUAGCUCACAGUCUCGACCUCCGUUGAUCGACCAGGAUCGAGCACGGCAGCGCCAGCUUGACCAUGAGCGACAGGUCCUUCGGCUGUUAAAUGGAUCAACAUAUGGCGACUUCGAUCCGCCCACCAAUCGAUGGCUUCCUUUUUCGGGAUUAAGAAGUAAUGAUAGCUAUGCUUGGGACCUUUUCCCGCAGGUCAAAAGCCUUGCUCGCCACCAGUUACAAUCAGCAGUCUCAAACGCGGGAUUAGAACCCCCGGAUGGUCUAGAAGACUCCACUCUUGCGCCCGCAUUGAACUUGACCAAGCUCCUGCUUCCUUUAUACCGCAAUACAACUGGAAAACUCCGGGGAGACUGGGUUCGACAAAUCGAAGGGGCUAAUCGCCGUGAACCACUGAAUACGACCGCCAUUGUCGAAGAGCAUGAAUACUUUACCCAUGAGUUUAGCCACAACAUCACCGGCAAUGGCGGCACUUUUUACUUUGAUCUCGAGGAGGGAGGCGGCCAAGAGCUCCAGGUGGGUGGUGGCAUUGCAAGAGAAAUGCGAGCGAGUUUGACGGUCGAGGGCGACGAUUUCUGGGGAAGUACUUGGUAUCUCUCGUUGUUUGGCGUACACUUCCCAGACACCGGAAGUAUCGUUCUAAGUACUUCUAGCGAGAAGUUCGGUGGAAUUUUCUCUUUGCCGCAUUUCAUGCUAUCUUCCGACAUGUAUGAACUGUCCCAUGAGCUUCUUCUGAAGUCGCUAUCGGAUAGCAUUUCGGAGAAGCAGGCUGGCCCCCAUUCGUUGUUCCCCUGGUCCUCUCUGGCAGGAACAGAGCAAAUGGAGUUCCCUGCGCCUAAAUGCGAACAUAUCAUCUAUUUGCAGCAGCAUCCUGUCAUGAUUGGAGAUGCCGCUGCUGAUCGAUUGCUACUGGAGCGUAUGGAGCAAGAGCUCAGAUAUCCCAUGGGGGCGCCAAUUCCAGAUCCUCCUCUUAUGGUCAUGUCCGCUGUUGUCUUCUCUCCAGACUGCGGAUACAUACUCAAAACAAAAGGAACUCCCGAUUUCCCUCCUUCUGAUUCGUUAUAUGUGACUGGGCCUAAGCGUGAAGAGUACAGUAAAUACGCAGCCCGUCUCAUUUUCGUGGUUUCCGGUGUUUUUGUUGCACAAAUUACCUUGCUUCUGCGACAGAUCAAAGAGGCCUCGACUCCUUCAACACGCAGUAGAGUCAGCUUCUAUACCAUCGCAUUGAUGGCGCUCGGCGAUGCGUUCGUUUUAACAUUCAUUGUGUUGGAACUAUAUGCAGCUGUUUCAUUCUUGGUUUUGACUACUGCAUCAUUUUUGGCGUUCCUGUCAGUGAGUUAUAUUGGAAUGAAGUUUAUGAUGGAAAUAUGGGCAGUGCAAGAACCAGAAAGACGCGAGCAAGAUCGUCCGCAAAACCCACCGACAGCAACUCCUCACCCUGCAACUUUGCCUUUGCCUGCCACAACUCCUGCAAUACGGGACUCGGGAGCCACCCCAAUCAUCUUGUCACCCGAUCAAGAUGCCCCCGACGAUGAGAUGGAUGAGCCGCCGCCAGCCACCCGAACCGCACCUCCAACUCCAAGGCAAAUCCGCAGCGAUGUCGGAGCGAUGUAUGCACGAUUCUAUCUCGCGCUGUUUGGCAUGUUCAUUCUAUCAGUUUGGGCCUUCCUCCUGCCAAGACGGCUGGGUUCAAUCUACACCCGGUUGUUGGCCGCAGUUUAUCUCUCCUUCUGGACUCCACAGAUCUACCGCAACGUAGUGCGAAAUUGCCGCAAGGCCCUUCGAUGGGACUUUGUUGCUGGUCAGAGUAUUCUUCGACUAUUUCCAUUUUUAUAUUUUCUCACUGCCCGUGGAAACGUGUUGUUCAUACGCCCCGAUUACACAAGCGCAUCCAUCAUGACUGGAUGGGUAUGGAUUCAGGCAUGGAUCCUAGUCAGCCAGGAUGUUCUCGGCCCACGCUUCUUUGUACCUCGUGGCUGGGCACCGCAUGCAUAUGAUUACCAUCCUACACUCCGUGAUUUGUCCGGAACGGACGAGGAUCUGGAAGCUGGUGGUGGCGAUCUAUCUAUUGCGUCCCUGCGGGGCGAUGAACGAGACUUGGUCAGUGACUCCAAGGAUGACGAUAAGCAACAGAAGGACCGCAAGAUGGCAUUGUUUGAUUGUGCUAUUUGCAUGCAAGAUAUCGAGGUGCCCGUCCUUCCGCCGCCCUCUGCCUCGGGUGGCAGCAGUGUCGCCGACGGAGCAUCAAGCAUUUUGAGUCGCCGGUUAUACAUGGUUACUCCUUGUCGGCAUAUCUUCCAUACGGCCUGUCUGGAAAGUUGGAUGAGGCUUCGCCUUCAGUGUCCAAUCUGUCGUGAUUCCAUCCCUCCUGUAUAG